AUGGGCUCUGGGAACGACUAUUCGUCAUCGAAGGGAACGAGGUCCUCCAUUGGUCGACGGCAGUCGAGAUUGGCCAUGUCUAAGCUGCAUGAGGCAGUUCCGAAAUCACCGACGCACGUCUUGAUGGAUCCCAGCGUCACGAAACUCGCGCUAGACGAUCGAAUGCGUAGGGACUAUCUGAGCCAACGGUUUCAGGCCUAUCAGCGAGCCCGACCCCCGAAGAAUAACUCGGAGAUCCCCGCUGACGAAGAAUUCUGGUGUGGAGCGACUUCGGUGGAGCGCUCUUUGGUGCAAUGUUGUGAAUCGUCGCGCGGGGUGGCUGACGACGACGAUGUGGUACCGGGAGCGCUGGCGAAAGACAAGGUUUUGCGCUUUGUGGGUCUGGUUGCCGCACACUGCCAUACUCUGGUGACUCGGUCUAUUUCCCUGAAUAUUCUCGAACGAGGGCUGGAAGCGGAUGAAAAGGAUCCUCCCAUUCCGGUAGAACCGAAAGAUGAGUCCCCCGAGACGGCAGCAAAGACAACUCGAACUACCCGACUGGCCGCUUCGCAUUCCGCUUCGCCCGAGGCCGUCGCGUCCGCGGACGAGCAUGCGGUGACCCUGCCCAGCAUACCGACUUGGAUGGAAUAUGCUCGGAUCACAUCGUUCUUGGAAGCGGGAGGCUUGAGAUUACUUUCCCAAUGGCUUGUGGACUGUACCACUCCGGGUCCAACACCACCGCCAGUGAAGCCUCCACCAGGAUCCAAACCCCCAACAAGGAAAGAACCGGCGCCUCCCGUGUACAGUAAACCAUCAGCGACCAGUCCAUUGCUGUUACCGCUUCUGAUCUUUCUGCGGCGAAUACCCUUCAAUCGACAAGCCGUGACGGAAUCCAAAAUCAACAAACACAUUCGCCGCAUCAGUAAAACGGUGAAUAUUAUCGUCAAACAGGCUCAAGACCGUUCCGCUUCGUCCCGCAAACCCCCAAUAGCUCAAGUGACGGAUAUUUUGACGGGGCCGACUCCUAUCGUGGAAGUACAGGCAGCUUUGAACGAACUCAAAGAAACGUGGGAAGCCAAAUCCCAGGCGGCGACGGCGUUUGCUAUUCCGUUGGAUCCGUUCGCCGCGCUACGGGCACAAAUCCAGGAACGCGUCUCUCAGGUAGCACAGUUUGAAAAGGGGGAAAUAUCCCGUCCGCAUUGGUGGACCAACGAACCGACCGGAGCUCCGGCCAAGAAACGUCCGCGGAUAAGUACGGAACAAAUGGCCCGGAAGGAACGCGAAAACGAAAAAGCGGCACUCAUGCGGGAAAGCUUAAAACAAGCCGCCGCGGAGCGUGCGAAACUGCUGAAAAAGUUACGGGAACUCAAACACAAGCAAUCGGAAGGAAUGGCACACGAAAGUAAACACUUGAUGCGAAGGAGGGUCCAGUGGAAGGAUGCCAUGGGUCCGACAUCACUACAAAGGAAUCGAGCAGUUCUAGAAGAAGUGUUUAUCUUUACCAAAGAUAAGAUUGAGAGUAAGGAAUCCUCCGCGACCGCAAUGCCCGCGGAAGCGGCAGAAUCCUCAUCCGUUGAAACUCCUACCGAGACCGAAACGAGCGACAUAUUCGAAUAG